AUGAAGUUCGCCGCCUCUACCUUUGCUGCUCUCGUGGCCUUCGCUGCGCUGGCCUCGGCCUCGACUGUUGCCGAGCUCAAGGGCGAGAUCAAGGCGAUGGACACUUCGGUGGACGGUCUCAACCAGCACCUGCACGUCGAGAGCCUGAGCUACUUCAGUGCGCUUGCCAUCCGCGAGGCUUCGCAGGAUCUCACCUCCAAGAUCAAGGCUUGCAGCACGAGCGUUGGCGAGCUCAAGGAGAAGCCGACCGACGCUGAUGCCAAGGAGAUGUUCACCUUCCUUGCCAAGACCGAGCUCAAGGUGCGCGCCGUCACGACGCGCAUGGUUGCGCUCAAGGGCGAGUUCAAGAAGCUCGGCGUUGAAGGCCGUGCUGAAGCCAGCAUCAGGGAGUUCAAGACCGCGACGAACAGCCUUGGCGAGCAUCUGCUGCGCAUCACACCUGCGCACGAGAAGGAGGAGGCCACGCAACUUGUGGCCAAGUUCAAUGCCGAUCUCACUGGCUGCGCUGCGGCCUUCUCGGGCAAGACAAGCGCCCACGCUGAAGGCAAGCUCGUCCGACGCAAGGCUCCUGGCAACGUCGGCGACGAUGGCUUUGGCGCAAGCGGUCACGCUGGUGGUGCUGGCGCUGCGGCUGCUGGUGCUCACUUCGGUGGCUCUGGCGCUGCAGGUGCUGAAGGUCACGCUGGCGGCUCUGGCGGCGCUGGCGGUCACGUUCGUGGCUCUGGUGCCGCUGGCGCUGGCGGAUACUUCGGCGGCUCUGGCGCUGCUGGAGCUGGUGCUGGCGGUCAUGUUGGUGGCUCUGGCGCUGCUGGUGCUGGCGGAUACUGGGGUGCCUCUGGCUCUGGCGCUGCUGGCGCUGGCGGACACGCUGGUGGUUCUGGCCAAGCUGGUGCUGGCGGUCAUGUUGGUGGUUCUGGUGCUGCUGGCGCUGGCGCUCACGCUGGUGCUGGCGCUCAUGCUGGUGCUGGCGCUCACGCUGGUGCUGGUGGCUCUGGCCACGCUGGUGCUGGCGGUCACGCUGGCGGAUCUGGCUCCGCCGGUGGCUCUGGCCACGCUGGCGCUAGUGGUCACGCUGGUGGCUCUGGCUCCGCUGGUGCUGGCGGAUACUACGGUGCCUCUGGCGCUGCAGAUGCCGGCGGACACUUUGGCGGUGGUGCAGCUGGCGGUGCUGGCGGUAAGACCGGAGGUCGCGGCUCUGCAGACGCCGGCGGCAAGGUCGGUGGUGGCGCCGCGGGUGGUGCUACCGGCAAGUUCGGUGGAGGUGCAGCCGGCGGCGCUGGCGGCAAGAUCGGUGGAGGAGUGGUGGGUGAUGCUGUCGGCAAGAUCGGCGGAGGAGUCUUGGGUGGUGCUGGUGGCAAGUUCGGUGGAGGUGCAGCGGGCGGCGCUGGUGGCAAGUUCGGCGGAGGCGCAGCUGGCGGUGCUGGCGGCAAGUUUGGUGGCGGUGGCGAGUUCGGUGGUGCUGCUGCGGGUGGCGCGGGUGGCAAGCUUGGCUUCAAGAAGCUUCGUGUUGCCGCUUAA